AUGAGUGAGGAUAGUCGCGAUCAAGUGAUUGAUGGUCGUCAGGUUUUAGACCACUUGUGUCCGUUUCCGUCUCCUAGCUUCCGGUUUCAUCGACCAGCUCGACUCGGUGUCCCGUUGUCGCCUUUCCUCAGUAGCAUAUCGAAGACCUGUGCGCAACCGCGUCUGCGUAACGUCACCGUGAUCCUGCGGCGAACCGCCGCACCGCUGUCCGUCUGUCCAUCUGCCUGUCUGCCCGCUUACCCGCCUCUCCUGAUUCCUGCCGCAUCGCCUUUACCUUGUGUUGCCUCGCCUCGCCACUACCUCCUGUCUGCUGCACGCUGCCGGCUGGUGGUUGUCGUCGCCUCCGGUCUAAACCGUUCGUACGUGUGUUCGCGACGCGACGUGCAAAACGACAUCGUACCGUUGCCGCUGUCCCUUCCGCUGGUAACGGUGACCUGCCCGUCCGCACCCAUGUCCGAAGAUAUGAUCAAGCGUCUUGGAGGCGUGCCGACCCCCCUGCUGUGUACCAGAUACCCGACGCCGACCCAGGCGGAACGUAACGCCGUGAAGCGAACCUUCAAUGAAACCCUAUUUCUAGCUUUAGCAUGGCGAAUCGCAUUCUUUUGUUUUCAUCUAAAUCCACAACCAGUGCAUGGAAUGUACGUGAGAGAUGAUGGAGAGACGGCAAGCGGUGUUCUCGAAGAUUCCGUUUUACGCGCUACCAAAACAUCCUAUCCACCAAGCGCUAGCCAGGCGAAGGUCACCAUAGUGUUUAAGCUCUCACAUUUCUGCGCCGAAGCAGACAUGUUCAUGGCAGACAUGUUCAUCGCUCAUGUUCCCGGAAGGAGCGCGGACUCGCAGUGUCAGGAGGCAUUCAGUUAUAAGUCUGUACGCCGUCUCCCGUUUGCCAGCCGUUACUCAGAAUUCGCUUGCACCUUGGCUCAGUGUUUUGUUGUGGCCAAUUCGCCGGACGGCCGUCUGCCUGUCGUGUCCUUUUGCGUAAUGCAUUAUUCAUCGGAGCUUUCGGAUGAAUGCCAUUCAUCUGACGCUAUUCGUUCGCUCACUGCCCGACGCGACGUUCGUCUUUUCACUCGACACAAGGUACUGACUGCUAACGAACGUGCCUCGGCGCAUUUCAGCCUCGCCAGUGUGAGCGUCGACAGGCUGUCCGUGGCAUUUAAGCGAUUUGCAUGCUAA